AAACGUUAAAUUUUAGCAUUCAGACACUCUCGACCUUUUAAUAUGUUACAAGCCAAACUCGCUGAAGUCACCUCUAUGACCAUUUCCCUCUCUUUACGGUUCUCUUUUACUUCGAGGCUGUUCCUCUUUUUCGACGCGAUGAAUCAGAUGCAUGGGCUAUGACUAAUGUUUAUGCGGCAUGUAUAGCGGCUGGGACAUGCGUGCUUGAGAACCGGCUUAGUACUUUACCGACUCUCUUCGUGUAUGGUUGCGUUCAGCCCGUAGCCAUAAAUGUGGCCCAGAUCGAUAGUAGUAGCGUACCGUUUCACGAAGAGAGUAUCGGGUGUUUUACUAAUCGGUUUGUGUUGAUUGUGUUUCAUAAAACAGUUGAAUGAUGUUAGAUUAAAUGUGCUAUUUGCUUCCAAUGCAACAAUUUGCGUUUAGCAAUAUCAUUGUACUUUGUCGGCUACAAUGGAAAUCAUUGAAUAAACCGGCGUUAAAUCUAGCUGAGGUGAUUGAAUCGUUCACGAUCAAAGAAUUAAUCUGUUUGUUAUAAAUUAGGAGAUACUCUGUGCAGCUCAGAUUAAAACUACUAUUUUGGUUUGGUGUACAUGAAUGCGGUUUGCAUACAAGUAGUGUAAGUGUAAGGAUGAAGUGUUUUCCAAUUGGCAACAGUAGUGUACCGAUAGGUGUAUCCCUUCAGCGGUAUUGCUGAGCCGAAUCUUCCAGAGAUCGUCUCGAGUAAUAACGACUCGAGGCCGAGGCAUCGCUUCGAAAAUAUAUGUGCUUGUGCGUAGAACACAGUCAUACAGACACCACCAACCCGGUGCGGUCGGCUGGGUCUGGUUCACCGGCGUGACGUGAUCGUCUGGCCUUGCCGCAACCUGAAACCAACUACCACCUUGACGGGAGAGGCAUUGGAACAGCUUCGGCGACUGUAUUGGGGUUGAAUCCUACGUCACUUUUGUCAUCGAAAAAGUAAUCAUUGGUGGUCAACAUUCAGUACAAUCAUACCUGCCACGCAAGGCUGGGGACGUACAUUUAAAAUUGUACGAUCGUAAGUUGUGCAGUUUCUCGAAGUUUCAAAAAUAGGCGGCAUGGGAAAGGAUUAUUAUAAAAUCCUCGGUAUUCCGAAAGGAUCAACUGAUGAGGAUAUUAAGAAGGCUUACCGAAAACUUGCGUUGAAGUACCAUCCUGAUAAAAACAAAUCCCCUGGAGCAGAAGAAAAGUUUAAAGAAGUAGCUGAAGCUUAUGAGGUUCUGUCCGAUAAAAAGAAACGUGAGCUGUACAAUAAAUAUGGCGAAGAAGGACUGAAAGGACGUGCUUCCAAUGGUACGUCCAACACUUCUCAAAACUUCACAUACGAGUUCCAUGGCGAUCCAAGAGCAACGUUUGCCCAGUUUUUCGGCUCGAGUGACCCGUUCGGAUCAUUUUUUGAUAUGCACAACGACAGUCUAUUCAACAGCAGUAUUUUCAACGAUGAUGAUUUCUUCACACCAUUUAGUGGGCUCGGUGGUAAUAGGCAUGGGUUAGGGGGAGCCUUUCGGUCACACUCGUUCAAUGUUCACUCGCCACUGAAAAAAGAGAAAGUGCAGGAUCCGCCCAUUGAACACGAUCUGUAUGUGACGUUAGAAGAAAUCUAUCACGGCUGUGUGAAGAAGAUGAAAAUCUCACGAGGAGUCCUGCAGCCGGAUGGUACAUCAAAGAAGGAGGACAAGUAUGUGAGCAUAUCGAUCAAACCAGGCUGGAAAUCGGGAACGAAAGUAACCUUCCAGAAGGAAGGAGAUCAAGCAAAAGGAAAAAUACCUGCCGACAUUGUUUUCAUCAUACGAGACAAACCACAUGUCUGGUUCCGGCGGGAAGGCAGUGAUCUCCGAUAUACUGCUCGAUUAACUCUUAAACAGGCUCUCUGUGGCGUCAUAUUUGAGGUCCCUACGAUGACUGGAGAAAAACUUCGCAUUAGUACAAAGCAGGAGAUAAUAAAGCCUAACACGGUAAAACGAAUUCAAGGCUAUGGUCUACCGUUUCCUAAAGAGCCAUCACGGAAAGGAGACUUGCUGGUAGCAUUCGACAUCAAAUUCCCCGAUAAAUUGACGACAUCAGAGAAGGAAGUACUUAAUGAUAUGCUCCCUAAUGCAUAGCCUUCCGCCCGUUAUUAGUCAUAGAGAAUUAUGCAUCGCAAAUUACAAUGCUCUUUACGUUAUUUUUUUUGUUUUUCAUAAUUUCACUAAUUUCGCUAUUACCGACUGUUGAUGGGUAUUUAAUGAGAAUAUUGAAAUUAAAUUGAUCUUGUAAAUAGUGCCAUGGUGCCCCUAGUUUUGGCACCUUUUUGCUACAGAGACGCCUACCCUGCCUCUUUAUGAAUCGAAUAUUACAAGUACGGUUGGUUAUCGGAAAAAUCAUCGGUGGAAAACCCCAUGUUACUGCAAUCUAUUUCUCGUUUACAAGUCGAAUCAGGAUGUAAACUACGCGAAGCUUUAAUCGGACUUCCACAUAAGCAAACGCAUGACUGAGUUUUAUAAUGUGUGCGGUGGUAUGGCAUCUCAUGCAAUCAAGUUUUUUGCCGGACUGGACAGUGUCGAUGCAAGCGACUUUAAAAGAAAUGAAAUUCAAAGAAUUUGAUAACCUUCGUUGUGAAGACGAAAUUAAGAUCAUGACCUCCACUUACUACAUCUUCUGAUUAUUAAUUUGUCAUGCUAAACAAACCAAACGGUAGUUUGGGUGUUGCGCAAAAAAUGUUUGUUGGUAGGUGAUGUGAAAACAUUGUAAGAGACAAUUUAACAUCGCUGUAUUCUUUGAAAUAGUGAAGGCAGAGAAAAUGUAGGGCGAAACUAAUUUAUAAAAUCAAACUCGCGCAAAUGUUAAAAAAUAAAAUUAACGAUAUUCUAUCGAAUGCUUUAUCACGAUG